CCUCCGGCCCGGUCCUGGCACACGGUUUCCACGCCAGCAAGGGGCCAAGAUCCCAUCAGAUCAAAAGGGAAUUCCUGAGAGAGAGAGAGAGAGAGAGAGAGAGAGAGAGAGAGAGAGCGGAACCCUUCUUCGCCAUUUCCGUCCAAGUGUUUCCCCGUGGAGUCGUCGUGCCCUGUCCGGUUUAGGUGGGCGCUAGCCGGGGCGACGGGACGGGAGCAUCGGCCGGCCGGCUGCGGCGUGGCGGCGCUCGAGUUCUCUUCUCCCCGGCGAGGCGGUGAGUUGUCGCGUAACAUUCUUGGAGCUCCCAGAGUUCCAGGACUCGGCUCCCAGCUGGCGUGUUCCCGCGAUUGGUUGCGGUCUGAUCAGUUUUGAUUGAACCUACUAGAAGGAAAGGAGGACAAAUGAAGCACACUGCUGCACUUUGUACGAGGAUUGAAGACAGGUAGCGCUAUGGUAGUUGCUACAACUGCAGGAAUGUUUCUUGUGUGUUUUGAGUCCCUCUGCCCCUGUUUUGGCUCAAAAAGGAAAGAUGGAAGCGAAGACCAUGUUCUUGCAGGACAUUCCAAUUCCUUGAGUUCUUCUGAAAUGAGGUCAAUUUCUGAUAGAAUUCCUGGAAGCCCGCUUCGAGUACCUGCAAGUCCAUCUAGAUUUUCAUUGUCUUCGCCUCCAAGUAGAAACGAGCCUUUAAACCUCAGUCUUGAACAUGUUGUUAAACUGACACACAACUUCUCACCGACCUUGAUGAUUGGCGAAGGCUAUUUUGGAAAGGUCUACAGAGCGGAGCUGCGAGAUGGACGUGUCAUAGCUAUUAAAAGGGCAAAAAAGGAACAUUUUGUUUCUUUACGUGCUGAGUUUAGCAACGAAGUCACGUUGCUAAAAACUAUUGAACAUAGGAACUUGGUCCAGUUGCUUGGCUAUAUUGACAAAGCCAAUGAACGGAUUAUCAUAACUGAGUACGUAUCAAAUGGCACUCUUAGGGAGCAUUUGGAUGGUCAACAUGGUCUAGUUUUGGGAUUUAAUCAGCGGCUUGAAAUAGCUAUAGAUGUUGCCCAUGGAUUAACUUAUUUACAUCUCUAUGCAGAGAAGCCCAUAAUACACAGGGAUGUGAAGUCAUCGAACAUUCUACUCACAGAAGGCUUCAGGGCCAAAGUAGCCGACUUUGGAUUUGCAAGAACAGGUCCUACUGAGCCAGGGCAGUCACAGAUUCAGACUGACGUGAGAGGAACGGCUGGCUAUGUAGAUCCAGAGUAUCUGAGGACAAACCAUCUUACAAUCAAGAGUGAUGUGUUCUCUUAUGGUAUUUUGCUCCUAGAAAUUCUUUCAGGCCGUCGUCCUAUUGAGGUGAGGAGGGGUGCAACAGAAAGGAUUACAGUAAGAUGGGCUUUCAAUAAAUACAACAGAGGCAAUAUUAGGGACAUACUGGAUCCGAUGCUAACUGAAGUAGUAAACGAGGAUAUACUGAACAGAAUCUUCGAUGUGGCGUUCCAGUGUGUUGCUCCUACCCGUGAAGACAGACCACACAUGAAAGAAGUCGUGGAGAGGCUGUGGAAGAUAAGAAGGGAUUAUACAAAAAUGCAGAGAAUAGCAGAAUUGACUCUCUGAGUUCUUAAACCAUAUGAUCCUGCUUGCUCUUUUUGCUUGGGAUAUAGAUCAGUUCCUGGUGGCUGGUGAAGACCAAAGAUUCCACACAAAAAUAAUCCAAAAUUUGUGAUUUGUGAAAGUACUGGGAUUUGUACAGGGUUGCAUUGUUGUAUGUUGUAUAUCGGGCUCCAUGUUUAAGAGAUCAAUGUGCCGUACAGCGGCGAGUGGCCUGCGAUUGAUGAUUUCCCUGUAUAGCCCUAAGCCCAUUAAUCAACUUAAUCUGUUCAGUAAUCUGCAUCCUCAA